AUGCACUACGGUCAAUGCACUACGGUCAAUGCACUACGGUCAAUGCACUACGGUCAAUGCACUACGGCCAACGCACUACGGUCAAUGCACUACGGUCAACGCACCACGUUAUCUAUCUUAGAGAAAAGAUUUAGCGAAUUCCAUGCUCUGCAUAACAGCUUGUUUGCGAAAGGAUAUGGGAAUCUGCCUACAUUACCCAGCAAGACUUUAACAAGGCCCAAUGAUCCUGGAACAGCUGAGCAGCGUCAGCAAAGGUUGAACGGCUAUUUGCGGACCCUUUGCGUGAGGCCGGAUAUUCGACAAAGCGAGACUCUGAUAAAAUUUCUACGACUGGAUUUGGAUUUACCACCCCAGGUGCCAUUGCCUUUACCGCUGGAGAUUUGGACUAUGACUCAUAGCAGUGAUUUCGGUGCAUUCUCAGUGAUGGAUUUUGGAGAUGGUGGACCUAUCUCGCAACACAAAGUUCCCUUGUUCGUUUGCGCCAUGUCGGAUACGACUGCGCUGUCAAAGUUGGGUAAAGCUUGGAGUGUUAUAGAUCCGGAGUAUGUGGGUGCUCUGGCGAUCUAUAGGCCGGUAUUGAAUACGGUGACAGAAUCUCCUGUCUCUAAUUUUGUUCCCGGAAAUUCAGUGGAAGAUCCUCUCAAGUUCGUGCCUAUGUUUACUAGACAGGCACAGAAACGAAUUUGCAUCGCCCGCUUUAUUCCGACCGCCAAUAAAGCACAGUUGCUUCUAGUCGGUGACGGUGAGGGACUACUUUCAGUUUACGAAAUUCGCGUAACUUCGGCAACCACGGCCGAACUUUCUGUCCUUAGUACUUGCGAAAUGCAUAUCAAAGCGGCCAUAUCUCAGGUCGUAGAUUUGAAUGGCAUAUUUGGAAGCGUAGGAGCCGAUAACGGGCUGAGGAUUUUCGAACCUGAUUUAACCAAUUACCAGCUGAAGAUUUGCUCCAUGGGAAAAGUAUCCAAACCGUUGAAACAUCCCAAGGAGACUCUUACCAGUAUUUGUUUACUCAGUGGUCAGUUCAUUCUUCGGCCACUACGACUGCAAUCUACUAAUUCACCUGUUGAUGCGACUGCAUCCGUUGCGAGCGAAUACAUAAAAUUGAGGACUCUUAUAGGCACCAACUGCGGUCAGUUGCUUCUUUAUGACACUGAGGAGCCACUGCCCAAGUUCGUAGGAGCGAUAAACUUGGGCAAGGUGAUACGAUACAUAGAGAACCCUUUCAAUGACAAAGAAGAAGAGGACAUCGUACUGGGCAACUCCAUUACCCAUAUGCAGAUGCUUCGGUUUACUUGCCGGACUGCGGUAGACUCUCCUCAGACUACCCAACGGCUGUCAGGGCCGGGGGACGUGUCAGGGUCGGGGAACGUGUCAGGGCCGGGGGACGUGUCAGGGUCGGGGGACGUGGCAGGGUCCGGCGACUUGUUGUCCGGUCCACAGUAUAGCCAGUCAGAAGUAGGACCGAUCGUUACGGAGAAGCAGUCAUUAGUAGUGAGUAUUAGGGGACUGAUAUUGUUGCUGAACCCUUGCCUGGUUGCAGGACGGGAUAUUACAGAGGAGAUCAACAAUUUGUACAGAUGCUUAACCAGCUCAGUCGACCCCGCAUACAAUCCCAUUUACAACCAUUAUGUUUGGAAGGUUCUGGAAUGUCCCAUGGAGUCGUACCACAAGGCGACGGUGACGGCGAUGUGUGCCUGGGGCCACCUAUUGUUCUGCUCAUAUCAGAGAGGCGUCUGUGUGUUUGAUUUGUCCGAAGGAGAGUUACUAAGCUGUCUAGAUCAGUCCCGUUGGGGCACAAUACGCAAGCUGCAAGUGAUGCCUAUUCCGUCGUCCUCAUCGGCGACGGGCGGGAGUUAUGCUCUUUUCGCGGCCACUUCUCUUGGAGGUUUGCGGGUAUUGAAUAUUGACUGUCUCAGUCACUCCCGAAUCUGGCGAGAUGGAACCAAGUCAGAAAUGCCGAUCACACCCUACGGAGCGGUCUCUUAUGAGGAAUCCCUUGGCAACCUUUCCGGUGGGGGGGCGCCCAUGCCUCUUGGACAGGUCACCGGACCCUCUUUGGGCCCGCCUUCAGGCUCCAUUAAUCUCUCGCCUCGGGGCAGCUCAGAAUGCGCUGCCCUUACUCUCGCCGAUGAAAUCGACGAAAUAUACAGUGCCUUCAGACCCAUAAAAAUAUGA